GGUUAUUGCCAUAGCAACAGUAUGAUUGCUACGCCUUUCGGUUUCAACAAACGAUAAGGCCAAAAAUCCAAAUAGGCUAAAUGUGAUGUGAGACUGAUAAUACUUUAGACUAGACUGCGCGUGAGAUGACGACGUUUGGCGACGCCGAAGAUUUCGCUACCUGUGGCGUUUGUUUGUACGAAUACGACGAAGAAAUUCGGAAACCCAAAUUCCUUCCGUGUUUCCACACCGUUUGCCUCGAGUGCAUCAGGAAAUUAUUAAGUCAAAGUCAAGGCAAGAAAUCCAUUACAUGCCCGUUCUGCCGAAACAUUAGCACCGAUCCCAGGAAGGACAUCAAGGAAAAAUGGAUUCUUCCCAACAAUAACCACGCCCUCCACAUAAUCAAACAAAAGAGACAAAUUGAAGAACUCACUUCGAUUGUUGUUAAUCCUCUGAUGCAUAACAAAAAUGUGGAUGCCUUUUUCAACUCACUAGAAGAAAUGUUGAAACUGAAAGAUUCUAGGACGACCAAAAUGGCCAUGGCUAUUCAAGAGCGCAAAAAGGUUGAAAAGCAACUGGACUUGAUUAUGAAAUCCAUCGAAACUGCUAGAGAACAAGUCCAGAAACUCCAGGACGAGAAUAAUCUUUGCCUAGCUGAAAUGAUUUCAGUAAUGGAAAAUGACGUGAAGAAAACUGACCAAACAAAUCACCAAGACGGUCCGAAAAGGUCUUUGGUAUUAUCAGAGUUAAAAUCUUUAUUCGACGAUUCAACUGCGGCGGAUUCGACCGAGACGCUGAAACUGAAGAUGGAAAAAUCCGUCGAACUGUGCGAACAGAAACUCGGUGAAGCGACGGCCAUUGCUUCAGAGUAUGAACUCCGGAGUAAAACAAAAAUUGCCGUUUACCUGUACGAUGAAUACGAUCACCCGAUCCAGACGCUACCCGUGUUCUUUGAAGGAUUCCGCUUUCAACCUUUCAAUCCAUCUCUAUUAAAUGGAUUCCAGCAGGAUUUGAUGCUACUCUCACACGCCGUAUUCUCCUUGUUGAAGAAGCAAAAUAUCUCUUUGAAAAAUGAACAGCCAAUAGCAGGUGCUUCCAAGUUAACGUCUUUGCCUCCAACAAUAUCCAACAAGAGCAAAUUUGUUUUGGGAGAUCUGUCGUCCAAGUUUAUUCUAAGACUGUUUAAAUCGGGUAGGUCGACAGGUGAAAUCCACAUCCGUCCAGCGCCUACAUUUCAUCCUGCGUUUGUGCAAAAGUUGGGUGAUUUUUGUUACAAGACUCAGAAGAAAUUUUCUACUGGUAUUGACAAGGCUCUUUCAGAGGUGUUUGUUUUAUUUUCGAUGACGCACCCACAAUUUCAACCGGAAGUUCCUAGUAUGAUUGGUCAUUGCUCCAACGAAGAUGGCAGUUACGACCCUUUAUUUAACUAUACAGCUGAAGAUAUCCAUGAUGUAGGUGUAACCUUAGUUCAGACAUCGGCUGGCAAAGUUAUCGGCUGGAGCUUCAUCUUUGUAUUGGAAGAGUAUGAGCAUUUCAUCAAACGUGAUAAUUUGCAUGAAAAUGUAUUGGAUAAUGUUUUAUUUGGUCGAGUUGUUCAUAAUAAUAUGUUGGAAGCUAUGACGCAACUUAGCAAAAGUAAAAAAUCAGAACGAAUAGAAUACAGCAUGACUCUGGAAUCGCAAUAAUCCCAAUGAAGUUUAACGGAAAUACGGAAUGUAUUAUACUUUGAUUAAAUAAAAUGAUAAUGUAUUA